AUGAUGAUGAUGAUGAUGGUUUCCUCAACCGCCCCAAAAUUGGCGGGGUUCAAUAUUGUAGAAGCGAGUAUCGAGCAGCAUAGAGAGGCUCUAGAGUCCAGAAAGGUGACCAGCAUAGACCUGGCCGUAGCCUAUAUGAACCGCAUUGCCACUUACGACACGUGCGGCGGCCUCAAUGCAUUUACCAUCAUCAACCCUAAGGUUUUCGAAGAGGCAACCGCAUCAGAUGCACGGAGAAGCCAAGGGCUGGCACCACGCGCGCUUGAAGGAAUCCCAUACGCGAUCAAAGACAGCUACAAAGUGGCCGGCAUGAGCGUAACCAACGGCUCGCCUGCACUCAAAGGCGUCAUGUCGAGCAAAGAUUCAGCCAUCGCCGAAAAGCUGAGAGCUGCUGGUGCCGUAUUACUGGGGAAGACAAAUAUGCCACCCAUGGCUGCAGGAGGCAUGCAAAGAGGCAUGUAUGGCCGCGCCGAGUCUCCCUACAACUCGCGCUAUCUUACAGGCGCUUUCUCCUCUGGCUCCUCAAACGGCGCGGCAACUUCUGUUGCAGCAAGCAUGGCAGCCUUCGGUAUGGGUAGCGAAACUGUCAGCAGUGGCCGAAGUCCAGCUUCUAACAAUGGACUGGUUUGCUACACGCCAUCAAAGGGCUUGUUAAGCUGUAGAGGUCUAUGGCCCCUAUAUAUCACUUGUGACGUACCUUCACCAUAUGCGCGAUCAGUGAGCGACAUGAUGGAUCUGCUGACUGUGAUUGCAACACCGGAUGACGACACUGCAGGUGACUUCAUCCGUGAACAAAGGCACAUAGCGGUACCGAAACCUCAGGCGAUCGACUACAACUCUCUGAAAAACACGGACGCUUUGAGAGGAAAGAGGAUUGGAGUGCCAAACUUGUACGUGGGAAAAAAAGACUCAGAUCCGUAUGCCAAACCUACGUUUGUUUCGGAAGAAGUGAUUGAGCUGUGGAAGAAGGCCGCAAAGGACUUGGAAGCCUUAGGCGCAGAAGUAGUUUACACCGACUUUCCUCUCAUCACAAAUUACGAGAAUGAUUCUACCUCUGGCGAAGCGAACAAUGUGGAUGGUCGACCAGCGGACUGGAAUCUGUUGGAACGGAGCCAUCUGAUCGCGCAGGCCUGGAACGAAUUCCUGGUCAAGAACAACGACGAGAAUAUCAAGAGCCUAACGGACAUUAAAGACCCCGCAAUGCUCUUUCCGAAACCUCAAGGGUACCUACCGGACAAGUUUCUUGAAGUGAGAAACUGGAUCGAUUACCCCGGCCUGCCCUCUCUUCUCAGCCAGAUCAAAGAAAGUUCAAUUCACAGUGUCCAGGGCAUGGAACGGGCUCUCAAAGCCCUUGAAGCACAACGCAAACGUGAUCUUGAAGACUGGAUGGACAACAAUAAACUGGAUGUCGUUGCCUUUCCUGCACAGGGCGAUGUUGGAUUAGCAGAUCUUGAGACAAACCUGGAGAGUACAACGCACAGCUUGCGAAAUGGUGUCAAGUACUCCAAUGGUAACCGUGCAAUUCGACAUUUAGGAGUCCCCACCGUCAGCGUGCCCAUGGGUGUCAUGAGCAAAAAGGGUAUGCCGGUCAACUUGACCUUCGCUGUCAAGGCGUAUGAAGACUACAAGCUUCUCGAGUACGCGUAUGCAUAUGAGCAAGCUACAAAAAACCGUAUUCCGCCACCUUCCACGCCUGCACUGCCUACCGACAUGAUACCAUUGUGCCAGUCAAUAGGCGAAUCAGAGUUAGCACCGAAGAGCUCUCAACUCACCGCCGAUGCCUAUGCCGAAGCAGUGGCCGACUGUACCAACGCGAUGAAGAUUCAUAUCCGUGGCAAUGCAGCUGGUUUUGCCUCCAUCCAAAUCUAUGUUGACGGCGAACUUACUCCCAUUAAUCUAGGUCCCGUUAGGAAAGGCAAUGGAGAUUGGAGCUUGACGCUCACCCAUGAACUGAGACGACCAGAGUGUCUAGGCUGGGAUCUCAAGCCGUUGAAACCGAAGCCUGUUAUGUGUAUUGCUGUUGCGGUAGAAGACAAUGUGGCGCGGGCGGCCAAGGUCCUAUGGAUACCUAUUCCACAUGGGGUGACUGCGCAUACGUAG